GUAACUCUAUUCCAAACUCCGGACGUCAAAAUGACGCGACAGUUUCUGCGUAUGGGGGCGGGAACCAGCGACGUUUUUCAAUCUGCCCAAUCAGCAGCCUCCAUCGUUGCCGGAAGCAUGUUUUGCUUGUUUUUUAUUUGCAAAGGGACCGUAUAGCAAGUUACAUUUAGAUAUAAACGUCUGAUAAAAGAACAAUUGUAUGUCGCUGAGAGUAAAAGUGUUUUGUAAUCUUUUAACGCAAGAGAAGUUGAAGCGCGCUUGAAUGUAAACACAAAUAUUUUAAUUUUUCGAGUCAUAGCCACACACGUGCCAAUUCCGCAUCCAAUCCAUUUUGCUACGCACACUUAAGAUGGCGGCUACGUGUAAACAGCUGAUCGGUGCUGUGGGCCGCUCUUGGUGUAUUUUUGUCCGUAACGCUGCCUGAUGAGAUGAAAUCUCGGCGUACGAGGUACUUUCGCCCGAGAAGAAUUCUGGAAGCUAUGAACAUCAUGAAGACUGUGAAAGCGUAGUGCUCUGUGAGUAAACAUCAUUCUUUCUUGUGCUUAAUGACUGAGCAGUAGCAUCUGAACAUCUGCGGUGAUCGCAUGGUGUUCACUCUUGCUUUUAUUCGCAUAGGAUACGGAAGAAUCGAUGAAGGUUGGAAGGCAUCUCAACUGAUAGCUGUGGUACAUUCCCCCGUGCGGGCGGUACAGAUACUCCGCCAACAGCCGCUGGAGGAUGCGGCCUGCAGGGCAACCGCCGAGUAUGCACGGCAGGGGCAGGGGCAACUGGCUGAGGCAGCGAACGCGGAGGCCGCCAGUUUCCACCAGCUGCUGCUGCAGCAAAAUAGGCAGCAUCAUCAGCAGCUGGUGGAGGAGCUGAGGGCGGCCCGGGUGGUGCAGCAGCAGCUGGCAGCAGAGAUGCGUGGUUUGAGAGAGGCCACCGGCCUCAUCGCGACAACACUGCGCCAGCUCCUGGCUCGCCUCUGCGAGCAUCCUCAGCCUUGAGGGACAGUCCCCCCCCCCCCCCCCUUAUAAUCCUUUAGUACUAAUAGGUACAAGUGUUGCCCAUCUUUCCGUUCAAAUCACCGCUGCAGCAUUUGGUCGUGGUGCCCAUACCUCCUCGAAAGCUGUUGUGGCGAGUUGUAGCCAGUCUUGUGAAAUUAUGUGCAGGUCAUGUGCGACCAUGGCAGCGAAAGCUGAUAGUGCUGUGAUGUCACUUGAAACACAAAUGCGUGUCUAUUUUUUGUUUUUGUAUGUAGCACUAAAGGAUGAUAUGACUGUUUUCCCUACAUUUCUGUACCUAAUCAUUUUUUUUCAAGGUAAUUUCUUUUCAUGUGUAUUUUCACUUGCAGUGCAAGUUUGCCCAAGUGAGACAUUAUAAAUUAUAUGUAGAAUGUCUGCCAUAUUUCCGUUAGGUGUUGUUCACUUCUGUUUUGCUGUUACUGAUAUGUUUCAAUGCGCACCGUUUUUCCAAGGAAGAUAUACACUAUGCAAUCACUUUUACAGCAACUUCGACAUUGUCUCGCACACAUACAGGUGCACUUAACUACAAUGCUGUGAUAACUGGAAAUGAAUUUUCAUGCCAUAUGUAUGUCAUGUUUGCAACGUCAAACUUUGCAACGCCUACGCAAUGCAAAGUAGCCGAACUUGAAUUUUCUUUAACACCAAGCGCCUGUUACUUGUGAUAGUUAUUGUGAUAUUUCAGGUGUCCUUAUCAAUGAUAGCAGUACAAUCUAGUCCCCAUUGUAGUUGAUCACAGUUUGUGACAUACAUAAUGGAGCCAUCGAUGUGGCCACUAUUUUGACAUUCGCUGCCAGGCUGCUCUUGCAGCCGUUAUAUGAAAUACCGUUGAAGUGCCAAACGUUUUCUCACUUGUCCUUCCUUAAAAGCAUGUGAUGGCUGUUUUAUAUUGUGAUCUUAUUACGGCACUAGUCAUUGAACUAUUUCGUGCUACAAACACGCUGACUACAUAAUAGACAAGACAUCUUUCUUGCUGUUAAGUUGCUGAAUGAAGAUAAAUGGUUGUGUGAGAGUUCAAAAAAACAUCAUAAUGCUCGUGUCACAUUUAUGCAGUUUAACAUCUGCCAACUGGGUAGUGUACUGGGUCCCAUGUAGCGAACAUCA